AUUGGACAGGAAAUUGAGGUAAAAUGACGUCAUUUCACAUCAAAGAUUCCUUGUCAUACGGAACAGCAUAUAAGCAGCGUGCAAAUCGAUCAGACUGACCAGAUGCAUUAUAUAAGCUGAACAAUUAUUCUAACUUAAUUUCUCAUCUCUUUGUUGUUUCUUUUCUUAAUCAAACCUAUUUAUGCCCCAAGGUUCAUCAGCAGCAAAUGUAAUUACUAUUGGAGGAAAGGUAAUGUUGUGUUGUCGUGGUAACGCAUGAUAAAUCAAUUACUCUCUUUUCACUCUCACAUGCUCACACUAAUUCACUAAAAGAGAAGAAGUCAUUUAGAAGAAAAAAAAUACGAUUUAAGAGCAAUUAAAAACUUCAUCAUAGCAUUGUUUUUCAAGGUCUGGAAAUGCUCUAUAUUUGAUAAAUGAAGGAUGAUUGUAAAGAGCUUUAAGUACUAAUGUAAGCACAAACAUUUUUUUGUUACUUAAAACAAAAACUUGAACUGAAAUAAAAUACAAAAAAACCCUUCAACUUAUUUCAGCUAGCUGUCAAGGCAACAUUUCUCAUUUUUAUGUAGUUUAAUUUAAAGUGCUAAAAUAACUAAAAACUAAAUAAUUUUAUUGUUAAUAAUAAACCAUUUUAAAAAAUAUAGACAUAUUUAAAAAAAAAAAAAGAAAAAGAAAAAGAAAAAAAACUAAUACAAAUAACAAAAAGGCACACUUUUCACAAUUACUGAAAAUGAGUAAAAACAGAAAAUAUAAAAAUGUAAUUCAAAAUAUUAACAAAAAAUGUAAUAGUAUAUGUCAAUGAUUCUGAAAUUACACUGGCACGUAGAGAAUGUGUGGAAUAUUUAAUUAUAAAAUGUAAGUCAAAAACUUAUGUGCAGGUUUGUGUAUAUAUAUGUAUAUGUAUAUAUGUAUAUAUGUAUGUUUAUGUAUAUAUGUAUGUACAGUAUAUAUAUAUAUAUAUAUAUAUAUAUAUAUAGAGAGAGAGAGAGAGAGAGAGAGAGACACACACACCGAACUAUACACUGAUAACAUUAUGAGCACUGACAGGUGAAGUGAAUAACACUGAUUAUCUCUUCAUCACGGCACCUGUUAGUGGGUGGGAUAUAUUAGGGAGCAAGUGAAGAUUUUGUCCUCAAAGUUGAUGUGUUAGAAGCAGGAGAAAUGGGCAAGCGUAAGGAUUUGAGCGAGUUUGACAAGGGCCAAACUGUGAUGGCUAGACCACUGCUCAGAGCAUCUCCAAAACUGCAGCUCUUGUGGGGUGUUCCCGGUCUGCAGUGGUCAGUAUCUAUCAAAAGUGCUCCAAGGGAAGGAACAGUGGUGAACUGGUGACAGGGUCAUGGGCGGCUCAUUGAUGCACGUGGGGAGCGAAGGCUGGCCCGUGAGCUCCGAUCCAACAGACGAGCUACUGUAGCUCAAAUUGCUCAAGAAGUUAAUGCUGGUUCUGUUAGAAAGGUGUCAGAAUACACAGUGCAUCACAGUUUGUUGCGUAUGGGGCUGCACAGCUGCAGACCAGUCAGGGUGCCCAUGCUGACCCCUGUCCACCGCCGAAAGCGCCAACAGUGGGCACGUGAGCAUCAGAACUGGACCACGGAGCAAUGGAAGAAUGUGGCCUGGUCUGAUGAAUCAAGCUUUCUUUUACAUCACAUGGAUGGCUGGGUGUAUGUGCGUCGCUUACCUGGGGAACACAUGGAACCAGGGAAGAAGGCAAGCUGGCGGAGACAGUGUGAUGGUUUGGGCAAUGUUCUGCUGGGAAAUCUUGGGUCCUGCCAUCCAUGUGGAUGUUACUUUAACACGUACCACCUACCUAAGCAUUGUUGCAGACCAUGUACACCCUUUCAUGGAAAUGGUCCCUGGUGGCUGUGGCCUCUUUCAGCAGGAUAAUGCGUCCUGCCACAAAGCAAAAAUGCUUCAGGAAUGGUUUGAGGAGCACAACAGUGAGUUUGAGGUGUUGACUUGGCCUCCAGAUUCCCCAGAUCUCAAUUCAAUCGAGCAUCUGUGGGAUGUGCUGAACAAACAAGUCCGAUCCAUGGAGGCUCCACCUCGCAACUUACAGGACUUAAAGGAUCUGCUGCUAACAUCUUGGUGCCAGAUACCACAGGACAUCUUCAGGGGGACCAACACAAUAUUAGGAAGGCGAUCAUAAUGUUAUGCCUGAUUGGUGUAUAUAUAUAUAAAAGUAAAAAAAAAUAAAAAAUAAAAAAACAAAAAACUACAGCAGAAAUUCUGUGGCGUUCCUAUUUAUAUCAUGGUGCUCGCAAAUGACAAUGUUGGGUUUGAUUCCCAUGGAAUGCAUGCACUGAUAAAAUGUAUACCAUGAAUAGAAUGUGAGUUGCUUUGGAUAAGCAGAUGCUGCACUUUUAAUGAACUGUAGAUCAAAUGUGCUGAUGGUUCAGCUAUUAUAUUUGGGUUCCUGUCAAAAGCAGUCGCUCACCUCGGGCCCUGAGAAGAUCAGAAUAAUUAGUUAACAGGAUCUGAGAGUCUCUCUGUGGAAGCACAGCCUCUAGAGGGCUGUACAAACACAACAAACUUUACAUGUUGUGCAACACGCUUCACAUUUCCAGAUGAAUACAUCAGUUUUAACUUAAUUAUCAUGCAGUGGGUCCAGCAGUCUGAGACCACUAGAAAAUGCAUUUUCAUGACAAAUUACAUCAUAACGAUUUGUUUUCCACUAUGAUUUGAUUAUGAUCCAAAGAGCAUCUUGUGCUUAAAAUGGAUAGAUAAAUAAAUAAAUACCCUGAAAAUCUGAACUUUUGUACAAGAAGUUCACAUGGUCAGUGACAAAAUGGUGAAUCUUAAGUGGUCUCAGACAUUUUGACCCCACUGUACAUUAUAUAUACAGUCAAGCCAAAAUUUAUUCAGACACCUUGAACAUUUCAUUCAUCAUUACAGUUUAUUCACUAUAGUUUAAAAAAAAAUGGUAAUAAAAUAUGACAAGACCUCAGUUAAACUGUGUCAGAAAAAAUGAAUUAUGUCAGAUAACACUCAAGCAAAACAUUAUAACAUUAUACGUGUGUGUGUGAUGUAGACUUAUUAACUCAUUGAAAAUACACUUUAGGUGCAUUUAUAAACAUAGGCAUGCAAUACAUUAAUAUUAAAUAAUGUAAAUAUUAUGUAUUAUUGCAUUUAUUAUGUGCAUUGUUGUAAAAUGUACAUUUCUUUGUAAAAUAUGUAAAUCCAUUAUUUGUUGAGCUUGUUGAUAUAAGGCUUUUAUGACUCGUAUAGUAUAUCUUAUGUUUACUUUGAAAAAAUCAUUAAAGAUUUUACAGCAAAAAGACAGUUUUUAGAAUUCUAUAUUAAAUGGCCAUCUAAAUCAGAGGACAAUAAACAUGUAAUAGAUUGUGUACAACAGGUUUUCUUGAUCAUUUAGAUGCCUUAUAAAAGUUAUUAAUGAUACAGUAGGCUUUAUAAGUAUAAGUUUAAGCAUUGAGUGUAUUGAUUGUUAGUAAACAUGUUUUGAAUGCACAAUACCAUCAACACUUUUUUCUAGUAUGAAAUAAUUUGGUGUAUUAAUUGUUUGUCCAUCUGAUGUAAUUGUUCAGACCUCAGCAUAUAGAGUAAGGAUAGUCUGAGUGUCUGUUGUUCAGUGCCUGGAUUGUCUCUCCUUCCUUUCUUCUAACCAGGAAUCCAAUUACACAGGAUUACAAGGAUAAGAUGCCCACUCUGCAACACAUAGGGUGUAGAAAGAGAGAAAGAGAGAGAGAGGGAGAGAGAGAGAGAGAGGGAGAGGGAUGGCAGCAUAUGUCUAUAUUUCCUCAGAAGACAAACAAAACAUCUCCGACUACUGAAACAGGUAAAUUGCAUUGGAAACGGUGACAGCUGAGUCCUAGACAGCGUUCCUGCGUGACAAGCUCUUCCCAAGACUUGAGACUGGAGGUCAGAGAGCUUGUACCCUGGCCUUCUCCCCCAGGGUCCUUCCAACAAGGUGGGAAAGGGGGGUCAGCCAAACCGACCACAUGGAGGACAGGCCUCUCUCGCCCCUCUUGCUGGCCAUAUUGUUUUUGGUAACAUGUGCGAGCGAAGAUGACCACUCACUGCACACACAUCAGGUCAGUACUGCUCAGUGUGGUGAAUACAGCAAUCAGGUCCUGGAGGACGGCAUGUGCCGACUCAUGGCCACGCUGCCCCAACUGGACGACCAGCGCUGCCCGGACAUGUUCCGCUGUACAGACGAGGUUUCAUACUGGCUUCAUGAAAAUGAGGAACGCAAACAGCAGAUUCUGGCCCUGCGCGAGACAGUGUCAGAACUUCAGGAGGAGCUUCGCAACCACCGUCAUCGAGUCAAAGUGUUAGAACUACAAAGUGAAGAGAAGAACCGCAAUAAUUCAUCUAUUGAGCAGCGCUUGCAUGAGCUGGAAGAUCAUUACGCCGAGGCCACGACCCUGUUGCACAUCCAGGGCUCUUUGAUCUAUGACCUCCAGGCCCAGAUCCAUAACCUUUCCCUCCUGGUGGAAAAAGUCAGACGUAACCCUGGCUGCAUGAUCAACAUAGUCCGCACCAGCCCGCUGCUCAAUGCACAGGAAGCCCUGCAUCCCGAGGUGCAGCAUGUCAGGAACUGCCCCAUCGACUGUGCUUCCAUCUACUAUAAUGGAGUGCGUCGUUCUGGGAUCUACACCGUUGUGCCCUCACUGGGGGCCAUGCCUGUGGAAGUUUACUGUGAUAUGGACACAGACGGUGGCGGUUGGACUGUGUUCCAGCGUAGGCAAGAUGGCUCUGUGAACUUUGACCGCAGCUGGAAGGAGUAUAAAGAAGGGUUUGGAGACCUGCACACCGAAUACUGGCUGGGAAAUGAGCACAUACAUGACCUGACCAGCCAGGGAGACUAUAUGCUCCGUAUCGACCUGGAGGACUGGAGCGGGAAACACAAACACGCUGUUUAUCAGAGUUUCAGUGUGGAGGACGAGACCACUCAGUACCGUCUGCAUGUGACGGGCUUCAGCGGGACAGUGGAGGACUCCUUCAGCUGGUACCAUGACAAGCAGGGCUUCAGCACACCCGACACGGGCAACAUCUGUGCCGAGAUCUCCCACGCCGGCUGGUGGUUUAACCAGUGUUUCUACGCAAACCUCAAUGGCAUCUACUACAAGGGCGGCCGCUACUCUCUGAAGGGGAAGAACCCUCUUGGUCCGGACGGUAUCGUUUGGUACACCUGGAAAGAUUCUGAUUAUUACUCUCUGAGGAAGGUCAGCAUGAUGAUCCGACCCAAAACCUUCCGACAGCAUCUGUCACCCUGAAUCAGGCCCGACCAAUGAGCUCGGGCCCAUACGUCAACCAGCCAAUCACAGUUCUCAGAGCCACAGCGAUGUAGGAUGGAUGGAGAGAGAUAAACAUGUGUAUGAACUGGCUCAUUUCUCUGAAUGUAUUCAAGGAGGCCAUUUUUUACAGUAGGUUUAUACCAAAGACCAGAGAAGGACUGCUGCUGAAACAGUAAAGUCAGUGUUUGCCAUUCAGUCAGCCUAAUAUGUAUGUUACAUGCCUAUAUUUUAUAUACCCAUGGAUUUAAGAUUUAAAUAAACAUUUUGUUGACUUAUUUUAUAAAAAAUAGAUUUCAUUUCUGUAGAGUACAUUGGGAGAAAAGGCCCUUAUUUUAUUUUCUCUCAAAACACUAAAUAGCAACAAACACCUCACAGCAGUUUCUUAAGCACCUGGCAUCAUUGCAUGAUUACAUGAUUAAUGAUACAUUAUUUAAUCAAACAUAAGUUUGUGGUGUGUAAGAUUUUUUAGCUGCAUUUAUUUGAUCAUAAAUACAGUAAAAGCUGUAAAAAAAAAAAAAAAAAAAAGUCUUUACUGUCACUUUUCAUCAAUUUAAUGUCCAUGCUGAAUAAAAGUAUUCAUUUCUAUAAAAAAAAGUGUUUGUUUUGAAAUAUUGCAUAAUUAUGUAGAAUCCCUUACAUUAUCACAUCUACUUUGACUGGGGGAGAAAAAAACAUCAUAAAAGGAUAGUAUUUGGGGUAAAAAGUCCCAAAAAAAGCCAAAGACCAAAGCCAAAAACAUCGUGGCUUAAACAAAUUUCAUUUGUGAAAUAUGCCUGUAAUAAUAAUGUAGGUUCCUGAUGUACACUCUAAUCUACUAAAAGCAAAAAAUAAUAUAGUUAAAAAACAACUGAAUAUUUUAUAAAAUACCUGAGUUUAUAAAAAUGCCAAAAGUGAUUGAAAUAAAUGGGAAAUGAUAACCUUUGUCGAAGUGGUUAUUUUAAAUAUGUAGGACUUUUUUUUUUAUUUCUCUGCUAUUAUAAAUAUGCAUUGCAGAAUGAUUUCUGUUCUAUCGUGAGAUUAAUAAACCACAACAUCACACAGAGAGGUCUUAUUGGUGUGUAAAGCACAUUCAGACAAACAACACAUCUUUUGAGACAGACUCAUUCAUAUUCUCCAUAAAUACACAGCUGACUCGCGAGUCUCACUGGUCUGUAAACCUUAAGAGCCGACUCGCUGUUAAUAAACAGUGUUGUUAAAGUGUCACACUGCUGAUUUUCAGACCACUUUGUAUUGUUUUGUUACAAUGUCGGCAUGUAAAUGAACAAUGUGUACUUUUUCUCGUCUUUUGGCAGCUUCAGGCCUUUCAUGAAAACUACAUUUACAUUGUCUUUAGCAGACGCUUUUCUCCAAAGCGACUUACAAAUGAGAAUAGUAGAAGCAAUCAAAUCAACAUGAGUACAACAGUACGUAAGUGCCGUGUCAAGUCACAGUUUCAUCAGUAAAGUGCUCGUAGCAAGUUUUAUUUAUUUAUUUUUUAUUUUAUUUUAUUUUUUUAAAUAUAUACCCAAAUAGAUGGAAAAGUACGGAGCCCCUACGUGGUGGUGGAAAAAAAUUGGGAUGGGAGGAAAAAAAAAAAUUCAAAACUUUCGCGUUCCCCCGAUAAACUUUGCGUUCCCUCGCAAAGAUAUUAUCGUUCCCUUGCUGUGAGCUCGGACAAACACUUCCUUUUUAAUGUCCCGCUGGCUGGCAGUAGUGUUUCAGUCAGCUCCUUAUGUUAAUAAUGCACACAAAUAAUGCGCGACUCAGAGUUUGAACUUGUUGGACUCAAUUAUAAAGAAAUGCAGUCAGUGCUUAAUUAAGUCAAGGAGUUCAGUAAAGUUGCCGAUAUAUUCACAGAUUCGAACUUCCCGGAUCAAUAACUCGUGAGCUAAACGUUGUUAAAACACAAAUGCAGCUAUUUCCAAUCAUAGUAACCUAGACAACGAGCUACAACAACCCAAUUUUCUUCAAAUGUGCUUUAUAAUAUAUAAAUUGGUCUCUAUGAGCAGGCGGCGGAGAGACAAGUCUGAAGGGACCGUCUGAAAAGUGCAAAACCCCAAACCCUUUUGCUCAUUUUAUAUUAUGAAACAUAUAAAUACUCAGUAACUUCACUGUAACACUGUACUGUCACCAAAUUCAGUUAACACAUUACUGCUCUCCUGCUGGUUAUAGGUACUACAACACAGUUUGGCUAGUAGCACAUAAAGGCCUUUACACAAAUUAUGUUGGUGCGCAGCUUACAUACAACAGCUUUUGUAUGAUAAUUGCUUACUGAAUAUGAUGGCAUUACAAUUUAUUUAAUAUUUUUACUAAUAACAGUGAAGUUAUUGAUUUUGUUUCAUAAUAAAUAAUCAUAAAAGUUAUGCUUUUUUUUUUUUUUUUUUUUUUUAAAUCAAACUAAAUGUUCCAGUACAACCAGCAGGAGAGCAGUGACAUAUGAACUAAAUUUGGUGACAACACAAAGUUUCUCGGGGGAACGCAAAAGAUUAGAUUUUUUUUUUCUCCCAUCCCAAUUUUUUUCCACCACCACGUCCCUUUAGGGGCUCCGUAAAAAAGAAUAGAAAAUCGAAAAAUUAAAGUAAAAUAUAAAAAAGUGCGUGCUAAUAUUACUGGGUCAACUGGGUCAAGUGUUGACGAAAAAGAUAUGUCUUUAGCAGUUUUUUGAAAAUGGCUAAAGACUCAGCUGCUCGGAUAGAGCGUGGUAGGUCAUUCCACCAACCAGUAAGAGACCAGGAGAAGGUCCGUGAGAGUGAUUUUGUGCCCCUUUGGGAUGGCACCACAAGGCGCCGUUCACUUGCAGAACGCAAGCUUCUGGAGGGCGCUUAAGUCUGAAGUAGUGAGUUUAGGUAUAGUCGUGCAGAGCCAGUGGUUGUUCUGUAGGCAAACAUUAGAGCCUUGAAUUGGAUGCGAGCAGCUAUUGGCAGCCAAUGCAAACUGAUGAAGAGAGUUCGUUAAAGACCAGUCUUGCUGCAGCAUUCUGGAUCAGUUGUAGAGGCUUGACUGUGUAUGCUGGAAGGCCUGCCAAGAGAGCAUUACACUAGUCCAGUCUGGAUACAAGAGCUUGGACAAGAAUUUGUGUGGAAUGCUCCGAUAGGAAGGGUCUAAUCUUCCUAAUGUUGUACAAGGCAAAUCUGCAGGUAAACAAACUUUCCUAGCAACGACACAGCACUAAAAUCAAACUAGAAAAGUCACAAAAACACUUACAGUAUGUAGAUCCUGUUGCUUGACUGCUUCUCUCUAAUAAAUGCUAAAUUACAGCUGUUUAAGUACUAUAAGCUGGCUUUGGCCACGCCUUACUGACUCAGAGCGAAACGAGAACAAACGCGGCUUGCCACGUGAAUACAGUAAACAAACUUUCCUAGCAACGACACAGCACUAAAAUCAAACUAGAAAAGUCACAAAAACACUUACAGUAUGUAGAUCCUCCUGUUGCUUGACUGCUACAGAUUAUUCUUCCGUGUUUUUGUAUCCCCGCCCAUGGACGUCGGAUUGACAGAGGGUUAUUACUUAGAACAGUUAUUGUAAGAUUAGGUCUUAUUUAUUUUUCGUCAAGGUGUUCUCUCCAUAUUUUGCAGCUUUUGCCUAUGCCUACAACGCAUUGGAUCCUGCACUGGAAACCAAAAAGAAACUCAUUCACACUAAAUGUUUGAAUUCUUGCACACAGGAUCAAUACAAAUCGACAUCAUAAUGACUAAAAGUUUGCUAAGAAGUAUGUCCUACUGUAGCAGACUUGUGGGAGUGGCCUUGUACAGCAACAUGCUCAGUGCAUAAAUAAUGGGUGUUGAAAUUUUCCUACCUAUUUGGCAAAAGGAAAGAAAACAGCCUUUUUUCUUUGUUUUCUCUAGUCAGGUAGCAUCAAUUUCCUUUUUUUUUUUCCACCUUUCUACUACACAGGCAACCAAGUUUUGUUGAGAAGUACAGGUGAAGUCCUGCCUUAAACUGGUUACCAAAACCACACAGUCUAGGGGAGCUCACUAGGAUUUGAGACAUGAGAUGUGUUUGAAAUUGACCCCUAUACCCUCAUUUACUAUUCCCUAAAUUACUACACUAAUAUAGCCGAAUUGAAAAACGAAUGAGCGAAUUCAGACACGAAUGCAUUCGGCACGACCCUCACAGUGCAUUAUAGGUAUUCUCUAGCAGUUGAGUGCACAGACAUAAAUAAAUGCAUCGUCUAUGGCUGAGUGCACAUCAGCUGUACACUUGUUAUUGCAGUGUAUUAUGGGAUUGGAUGAGUGCACUCGAUAACGUUUGGACACCACUACAAAUGACAGUCCCCUUAAAUAGUGCCCUAUUUAAGGGUAUAGGGUGCAGUUGGGUUUCCUGUUACACUGCAUUCAUUUUUAGAGACACAUACAGAAAAAAAUGCAUUGCAUGGCAUACAAAUCAGUAUUUAUUAAAUCAUAAUCUCAAUUUUGUCAUUUUGUGUGCAAAAGACUUGCAAACACUGCUAUACAUAUAAAAUAUAUGAACAACUGGAAAACAUGCACCUGACGGAGUAUAAUUUCAUCUUUACGGGAUAAGAAAUUGGUGAUAAUUGCACUGAGGUGGAAGCAUCAAACUGAACACAAUCUCUGUUUGUAAUUUGGCUUUGGGGAGAGAGAAAAUAACUGUAAUGUCAAUGUGUCUUAUGGGGGGAAAAAGGACCAGCCCUCCUGAAAUCACCUCCAGAACCUUCUAAUGAAAACAACUGGAUUGCUUUUGGCUGUUACCAAAUACAAACAGGAUGAUGCAUCUGAAAGGCCGUAGUAAAGUGCAGUGGAUAAAAAGCAUGUUUGUUUUUUUUGCAGGAUCUAUACAAAAAAAGGCACAAUGAAACUAGGCUUAUAUGUAUAUGUUCAGAUCACUUGUAUAAAAGUAGUACAUUACGUCAUGUCUCUCUCAAUGCAUGUUCAUAUUUAUCUUAUAUCAAAACUAUGAGGGUCAUAUAACAGAAUGAGGAACAUCCGAAUCAACAACUAGACAUUUAUAAUAAUUAAAGCCCCAUAUAAUAUGAUUCUUUAGACAAUCUGUAGCUGCUUUUUAAAAACACUUGAACUUGGCCAGUUCUCACGCAGAAGCGUGCUUUCUGAGACGCUAUCUUUGGCCUGAGAUCGAAAGGAUAUUUU